AUGAGUGCACGUUCAAACCGUCGUUCGUCGCGUGCCCGCAGAGGAAGCGGCGAAAUCGUUGCCCCAGGCUACGGCACGAAAGCGGACGUUCAGAAGUUGCAAAAGGACUUGGGGGGAGCUUUGCCUGUCAUUGCUGUCACCGCCAUGCUGCGAUCGGAAGGACGUGGAAUUCGGGGAGCUUCGGAUCCAGAUGUUACAACCACGGUGCAAACUUCCAGUGCCUGGGCUGAUUUCAUUCACGAUGAAGGAGCAGGCACUAUUUCGUUUGGAAUGGCUGGGUCCACCAGUGAGGAACCCGCCAGCAAGAAGCAAAAAACGGACGAGGGCAACGCUGCUGAUCCUCAAGAGCAAUCCGAUUAUGAUCUCUCUGUGCUUGUCCCGAGUAAAAAGAAGGCCCCAACUGGUACUUUGGUUCAAUGUGGAACCCUCGAUUCCUCUGUCAUUGGCCGCAAAGCCAUCAAGAGUACAGAAACUGCCGUCUAUCAUUUGAAUAUUCCCACUUCUUUAUUGCCAAAAGUAGCCAUCGCCAAGGUUUGCACUUCCUGUAAUGCUUCUCACACCAUUGCUAUUGAUCGGGCCAACCAAGCCUAUGGCUGGGGCCGCAACGAAGCUCUUUGCCUCGGGGACGAAGUGGGCGAGUCCAAGGUAAUCCCCACGCCUCAAAUCAUUGCUUCCAAUAUCCAAACGGCAGCCCUGGGCAAAUCGCACACCAUCUUUCUGCAAUUGGAUGGAAGUCUGCAUGCCAUGGGACAAAACAAGUCGGGACAAUGUGGUUGGCGACAAAACGUCAAGUCUUCCGGGACUUUGAAGCCUUGUCAAGUGAACAAUAAGGAUAUCAAAUUUGCUCGAAUCGCCUGUGGAGAAGACUUUUCAGUGGCUUUGGACGAAGAAGGCAUCCUGUACUCUGCUGGAUCCUCCGAAUUUGGUCAAUUGGCCAAUGGUGAGACGGGAGAGUAUUUCGUUUCGGCCAACAAGCUGGCCUUUGCCAAUUCCUAUGGCUUUGCGGACCGCACCAUUUUUCAUCAAUCGGCCAAGGAUUCCAGUCGGAACGAUCAAAUGAAAAAGACCACGCAGAUCACCCAAGAGAUUCGGUUGCAAGACGUGGCCUGUGGAAAGCAUUUUGCCAUUGCGCUUGAAGCACCGAAGGAAAAUGGGAGUUCCACUCGGGUCUUUUCGUGGGGAUCGGGAAACUAUGGAUGCUUGGGACACGGUAGGCAACAAGAUGAAUAUUACCCGCGAGUGGUGGAAAUGCUGCCAAAUGGCAUGGUAGGCACCAAUGUUGCUGCCGGUAGUACUUGUUCGCUUGUGUUGACAUCCAAUGGACAUGUCUACUAUUGGGGACAACAUCAGUCUUCGAAGGAUGCUGUUAUGAAGCCACAACUGGUAGACGCUCUCGCCAAUAACCAACACGACGUCAAGAAGAUUGGCUCUGGAAGCAGCUUUGUGGUCUGCAGUACCAGUCUGGGUAGUACCGUGGUGUGGGGACAAGGACCAUAUGGGGAACUUGGUCUUGGAUCCAAGAAAUCUAGUUCCAAGCCAGCCUUUGUGGAACCAUUGGAGGGUAUCAAGAUAUUGGAUUUAGCUUGCGGACAAGGGAGUGUGGUAUAUGUCGUGGAAGAGGAAAAGAAUCUGCCUACCCUAGAUACUGCCGCCGUGGAAGCGGCGUUGGGUUAA